AGAAAAAGCACAUUCAAAAAGCUGGUAUAACCGAAAUAAUAAGAAGGUAGGUUUGAGCAUCACUGUAGGUGUACUUGUCUUUGGUGCCAUCGCCCUUGAAGCCUUGGAUAGCGACCCCGUAUAUCAAGAGGCAGAAGAUGCCGCACGCACAACGACAACGGCCUCCCGUGAGCGUCUUCUUCGCGGAAAAUGCUUGCGGCGCCACUCAGUACGACCGUCCCAGGAACGUCGCCGCGAGCUCGGGAGGUUUUCGUCCAGCCCCGCCGAGGACGCGAAGUUGUACAAGAAGACGACGAGAAAUAGCACCACGUUCGUCCUCCACUUGCAAAGAACUAUCCUCGCGGGCGUUUUUGUGCACCGGGUCGUGCUGGUGGUCCUUCUUUCUCUACUUCACGCUUAUUUCAACAUCUCCGUCCGAACUCCUCACAGUGCGCGCAUUUCAGCGGCGCAUGUCCCUCGCCUCUUUGAACGCACACAUGGAGAAAAUGAACAAGCUCGACGAGCUUAGUCCAGCCGAACUCCAGGCUCGGUAUAGGGAACUGCAGGAAAAACAAAAUAAACGAAAAGGGGCAGUUGCUGAAACUGGCACCAGUGGAGCCACGAAAUUAUCGGGAGAUGAAUCGUCGACAACAAUUUUACCCGGUGAAAGCAGUGUCGUUCAAAAUGGUGGAGAAAGACGCGGGGAAUCAGAAAGCAAGAGUGGAGACCCUCAAGAUUCGCACUUACCACCCGACAGCGACAGCUCGUCGACUAGUAGUUCCACUCGAGCAGGUGACGUUGUAUCAGCAGCAGCAGCCGCUUCUCCAUCUGCUCCUCGCAGCUCAACUGCAGCUCUGGAGGUCGCGAAAGAACACCAACAGCAGCACGUCGGUCGGCAAAAGGAAAGAUUUUCGGCAGACGACCAGGCGGGGAAAACGACUGUGGCGAUUAUCACCAGGUCGUCCGGAAUCCCUUCAAGCACCAGUGGCUCAGCCUCUUCGUCCGAGCCAGAAGGAGGCGGCGAGGUCGGAAAUAACGCAGUUUUGUCUAGCGGGUAUGAUAUAUCCAGUGGUCAACAACAGCAGGAGGAAAGCUCCGAAGAAAACAGGAACAACAACGAUAACAAGCGCAUCACCAUCGUCGUCAACGGAAAGGAUCUCGGAAAUGGGGCGUUGUUGACGUCCCCGCAGCCAGAAGUAGAUGAUAUCCAGCAACGCGGCUCGGCCACGUCCUCGACUGUUGCCAGUGCAACUUCGGACGUCGUCGCAACGAGCGCAAAUAAUGGUGUUCUGCCGCAGCAAGCGCCGAUCAUUUACGUGCCUGUCACCGCAGCAGCCCCACCGGCGACGAGCCCGCCCCUGGUGAUAGGCACUGCAGGAACUGCAGCUCCGGGCGCAGUCGCGGUAGGAACUACAGGGGCCCAGCAACCUCCUGCGCUGUUCACGAACACCGGUGCUCUGCAGCCAGCAGCGGAUGCCGGGGAAGGCGCGCUCAGUGUCAUGAAAGUCGACAGCAUGCAGGAGCAAACCGAUCAAAAUUCCUCUCCUGUUCCCGGGAUAAGAAACAACAACGUCGUCAAGGAGAACAAAAAGAACGGCACACCAUCCGGAUUGUUGAAAAAGUCGAGCAGCGGGCUAAAUGCCGAACCCAAAACGAAGGAGUCUUUCGUGGUAGGCGGCAACGAGGUGAAGUACGACUACGGAGACAGUGACUGCGCUUGCUUAUCGUGGGAAGAAAUACGCGCACGCCUGCCGUUGGACGUUUCCUCCUACUCUGACCACCGGACGACGGACUUGCAGCACGAGCUGAAAGGGUACGACGGAACAGUGGAACAAGGAGGUUCUUCUUCAUCUUCGUCGAAUGCAGGUACCAGAAGCUCGUCCGGGGGGUCAGCAUCUACUGCAGGAGGUACUACUUCUAGCACAGAACAGUCAGUUUCCAUCCCAGACAACUUGGUCGUGAAAUGGGACACGACUUUCGGUCAGCCAAAGGCCUUGGAAAAAAGCCAGAACGACAAGGUGCCGCCGCUCACGAACGAUGAUUUUUCAGCGUCCAUGUCGUCCUCGUCCUCGUACAGUGCGCUACAAACUCACCAGACUCGUCGAGAAGAUCGUGCAAACGCGGGGCAGUCGGCGUCUACCACCGCGGAGACGGAUAAUGAGGACCAGGUCAUCGAGCUGAGUCCCUAUUUCGGCUCGUUCUGUAAUGCGUGGGACAUGCCGCAGGCAAACUGGGGCGAGGACAUUUGGAAUGGCGAGUGUCCAUCGACUGACGUGAAAAGCGAUCGGAAUCAUGGCGGUUUGAAUUUCCCCAACUGCGCGCAGGUGUGAUUUUUUUCAUUUUGCGGAGAAUUAUUUGACAAAUUUCUGGAAAAAAUCCAGCGUAGAAACACGGCAUCAAACAGUAGGAGUGCUUGAAGUUCAAUUUGUUUUGCUCAAUCAUUUCUCAACAAACUUCAGCUGCAAACUCACCUUCAGUAUGUAUGAUGAAGAAUCAGAAAUCAUAAAUCAAACCUAUCAUGAUGUUGAUCCCCAGGUAUUUUGCUACGUCGAUCCGUGUAAGUGCUCGCAGUUGGGUAUCAAAGAAAGUCGAGCAGGGUUUGUGUUGGAAAUCAAGAAAAUUAUUUUUGCAAAAUUGGUCACAGGAGGUUUUUGCUCCUCUAGGAGUAGACAGAAGAAGCAAGUAGUAUCUUCGAUCAUCCUUCCCAACAACAUCCCUCAAACGCUAAUCCUAAUUCUUGGUUUCGUUCUCUUCCCUGAUCUGACAGCUGCAUACCCGACGUCGCCGGCACCUCCCAAUUUGCCCACGAUGCGUCGCGGCACAAAGAGAGCGCGAAGCUUCUGGCCCACUCGUACAACACCUGCCAGCGGUGCGAGACGCGGUCCAAACCGGACGAGUGUGCGAAGUUUGCCCGUUGCGAGUUCCAGGACGGCAAGUGCCAGACAAAAGCGGCGUUCGGGGGCGCCGUGGCGACCGAGGAACAGGAAAACGAGUACUACAUGAAAAAGUGCGGCGACAUUCUCACGCAGGAACAGUGCCAAAAAAGCUCGCUCGCAAUUUGUGUGUGGGAAGUGGAGGUAGAGCAAGUGAUUGAUGGUUAUAAUGUUGUAUCUAUGUUGUAGAUGUAGUGCCUUCUGCUACUGCUUCAACAUCUUCUGAAAGGAAAUCGAAGCGUGAAAAUUUUCAAUUCUAAGGACCAUGUGGCUGGCAAUUUGGUGGACUCGCUAUUGUCGACGGUGCAGGAGAACCAGCAACCGGCCAAAAAGGGGAGAUGCGUCAAGGGCCGCCCGGACCAAAUCCAGGAGCGGUGGCAGUGCGCCACGGUGCCCCCCUGGCUGGGGGCGUACUCCAUCCAGCACGAGGAGCUCGGCCUGGCCGGUCAUCUUGGCAGGGGCGUGAGCGCGUUAUUGCGUGCGCCCGGCGCGAUUGUUUCGCAGGUCGGUGACACGCUAUCCGAUGUAACCGUGGGUGGCGGAAUAAACAACGGCGUCAAUAAAAGCAGCGCGGCCGGCGGUUUGCGGGGAGGCGGAGGGUGGACCUGGUUUGGGGGCUUGCGACGUGGGGGGCAGAUAAUUGUACCGACAGCCUUCUCGUCGGUAGUCCUGGUUCUGACGGCAUCCUUGUUGUGGUGCUAG